AUGGGAAUUGUUAAGUAUCGACACAAACGUGACGAAUGCUACAAGGCACCGAUUCUGGAUAGUUCAUAUUUUACUGGAGGACCGACCUAUCUUGAGGGUACAACAACGCAAACGGAUGCGAAUAAAUUGGAAGCGAUAAACCCAAAUAAAAAAGUUACAAAUCCCAAUGAUAAGGAUAAAGAUAAAGCAAAGCAAGAAAAUAAAGGCAGUAAUGUCGAACAGAACAGUAAAAAAUAA